AUGCGUACUGGUAAGAUCGGCGGCAAGCGCAUUGUCGUCGCCAUCGACCACGAGAACAAGUCCGAAGCUCCCUCGCCCUCGAACGGUAUCCUGCCAAACGGUAUCGGCGCCGCGACCGACGUUGCAAGCUCAGACCUCAGCUACGCCGACUCCGUCAACUCGGACCCCGAUCGCAUCCGCUUCGCUUACUGGGUGCCCAACGUUUCUGGCGGACUGGUCAUCAGCAAAAUCAAGCAGAACACGCACUGGGAUUUGAAGUCGAACAUCAAGUAUGCAAAGACUGCGGAAAGAGUUGGCUUUGAGUAUGCGUUGUCGCAGAUUCGAUUCAUGGCUGGGUACGGUGCGGACAACCAGCAUGAACCUGUGACUUUCUCGCAGGCGUUGUUGAUGCACACCGAGAGACUGAAGUUGAUUGUGGCAUUGUUGCCCGGACCAUGGAAUCCUGCUGUUGCGGCUAAGCAGGUGGCCAGUAUUGAUAACUACACCGACGGGCGUGUCUGUGUGAACGUCGUUUCCGGUUGGUUCAAGCUCGAGUUCACCUCCAUCGGCCAAUGGUGGCUCGACCACGCCGAACGCUACCGACGCUCCAAAGAAUUCAUCCAAUGUCUCAAGGGCAUCUGGACGGAAGACAAAUUCUCCUUCAAGGGCGACUUCUACCAAUUCCACGACUAUCCCCUCAACCCCAAACCGCUCAACCUCCCCGGCCGCCCUUACCCGGAAAUCUUCCAGGGCGGCAACUCGGACGACGCCAAAGAAAACGCCGGCUCCGUCUCCGACUACUACUUCAUGAACGGCAACACGCUCGAGGGCUUCCAAGCGCAAAUCGGCGACGUCAAAGAGCGCGCGAAAAAACACAAUCGCGAGGGACAAGUCGGCUUCGCGCUCAACGCUUUCGUCAUCUGUCGCGACACGGAGGAGGAAGCCAUCCGCGUGUUGCAGGAGAUUCAAGGCAAAGCGGACGCGGAGGCGGUGGAGGGGUUCCGACAACAAGCCCAAAACGCGGGAUCUUCGACGGGGAAUAAGAGUGGGAUGUGGGCGAAUAGCAAGUUUGAGGAUCUGGUGCAGUACAAUGAUGGAUUCAAGACGAAGCUGAUUGGGACGAAGGAGCAGAUUGCGGAGAGGAUUGUGCUGUUGAAGAGUCUGGGCGUGAGCAUUUUGUUGACGGCUUUCUUGCAUUAUGAGAGUGAGAUUGAGCACUUUGGAAAAGAGGUGCUGCCGCUUGUGAGGGAGUUGGAGAAGCAGGGAAGGGGCAAGGAUGAGGCGGAUGAGGUUAGGAGGACGGGAGACGUGUACAAGGCGAAGAAGUAG